UAAGAAAAAAAGGAAAAAAAUAUAGUAAAGUUUUGAAUAAUCCCUCUCCUUCCUUCUUCUUCCUCCUCUCUGUGCGUGUCACAGCACAGUGUUUGUAGUUCUGACGCGAGGACUGGGCUCACAUGACUUACCCUGCAAACCACGUAUUCAAGAUGGACAAAAUAAACCCAAAUAUCUUCUCUUUCUUCUUCUUCUUCUCUCUCUUCUUUUGUGAAAAAGGUCUUUGUUGAGUCUGCCACUCCCAUUUUCAUUUCUGCAAACUGCAGUAAACCAUAUUACCAUCAUCGUCCUUUCUCCUGAAACCCCCUGACUCGGCCUCUCUUUCUCAACGGGCCUCCUCCUUUCUUCCCUAUCCUUUUCUUUUCCCCCUCUCUUUUCCUUCCUUUUUACCCCCUCUUCUUCUCUUCUUUCUCUAGAACCUCUCCUCUCCCUUCCCUCAUUCCUCUAUUCUGGCUCUCCCAACCAUGGAAAGCUUCAGCUUGCUCAAAUACUGGAGAGGGGGCGGUGGUCCUACUCCUGCUGCUCUCCCUGAUUUUCCCUUUAACUCCAACUCCUCUGCUGCUACUCUUGUCACCGCCCUCCCCCACAACCAGGCCGAAACAGAUGAGGAGGAGAAUGAUAACGAUGAUGGGCCGUUCUUUGAUUUGGAGUUUGCUGUUCCUGACGAGGAUGAGACUCGAAAGCAUGGGACAAACUCUAUUGAUGGAACUGAAGAAGAAGACGAAGAUGAAGAAGAUGGGGAUUCGGAUGGUGAAAGAGAGUUCAACUUCACGCUCUCUUCUGGCUCUAGCAAUGAACAUUCCGAUGCCAAUCUCACCUUUUCUCCUUCUGAUGACUUGUUUUUCAAAGGAAAGCUUGUCCCAGUUGAAGCUUCCUCCAAUGGCGGUUCUGAACCAAACAUCAGGCCGCAGCUUCGUGUCACAUUGUUGAAAUCAGCCGCUAAGUUUAGGGUCUUCAUGUCGGGUCUCAAGAAAUCGAAAUCGAACGGGGAAAAGAAAACAGAGACGGAUGGAUCUGUUGGGGAAACGAUUAAAAGUGAAACAAAAGAAGAGACGACGGAAAACCCAUCGGAGAAAAACGAGAACCAACCAGAAAAAGAUCAGAACCAGACAAAGAAUAAGUUUUUCGCUGUGAAGUUUAAGGUAGAGGAAGUUCCGAUCAUGUCUUUGUUUACUAGAGACAACAGUUCAAGAGGCUCCGGCGGAGCUACCAUCAACAAACUCCAGAAACAAAGCUCCGAUGAAUCAACUUCGGAGGAAAAUCGCUUCUCAAAAGAGGUAAUAAUGCAAAAGUACUUGAAGAUGGUGAAGCCUCUGUACAUUCGGGUUUCAAGGAGAUACGGCGAGAAGUUCAGACUAUCCGGGCAGCUUAUAUUGGGUGCAGCCGGAGCUAAGUCUGGUGCACCGCCGUCUAUAGCGGCGCCACCCAAGUCGCCGUCGGUGGAGAAGCCCGUGACAGAGACAGAAGUUGUGGAAGUGAAAGCACCAACAACCACCAACUUCAAGGGCAGGAACAUGCCAGCUAAGCUAAGAGUGGUUUGCAAGCAUUUGGGGAAAAGUCGGUCAGCUUCCUCCGCCGUAGCGGCGGCGCCACCGGGGGUAGCUCCGUCGAGAAGAGACGAUUCGCUUCUACAGCAACAAGACGGAAUCCAGAGCGCCAUUCUCCAUUGUAAGAGAUCCUUCAACGCAUCUCGAGAUUCAGAGUCUUCCCUACUAUCAAGGUCAGUAAGUGACACACUCCGUGACAAACCUUCAGAUUUAACAGAAAAAGCUAUUGGUUGAACGUAAAGACAACAACGAUCACUUGAUCAGAUCGAACCAUGAGAAAAUUUCAAGCCACAAAUAGAAACGGCGGGAAAAUUUUGGUUAAUAUCCUGAAUAUUUCUCUCGCUUUAUAUAAAUAUAUAUAUAAAUGUGUAGUAUAUGUAAAUGUGCAGGUGUUGGUGUUGGGUUAGGAUUGAAUUUCUGGGGUGGCUUUGUCUUCUAAGUAAAAAAGGUUCAAUCUUUCCAUUGAAGGGAAAAAAGGAACUAGAGAAGAAAACAUUGGAUUGUAUGUGUUCUUGUAAUCAGUAAAAAGCAUUAGGAACUGAUACAUACAAACCAAGAACAGUUGCCCCAAAUGAAACUUAGUUACCACUGAGCUAAAGUGGGGUGCUAUGAAAUUAUGUUA